AUGCCGCCUAAGCCCAUGCAGAACCACCAGCCCAAGAACACUGCCCGUCUGAAACUCGUCGUGCGGCGAUUGCCUCCCGCCCUUAGCAAAGAUGAGUUUCUCACUACCCUCGGCGAAGACUGGAAAGUCCCCGGCGCUAAGGUCGACUACCUGGAUUAUCGUUGCGGAAAGACAAAGGCUCCCGGAAAGCUGUCUUUGCAGUCGCGCGCAUACCUUCAUUUGACCAACGAGCAGCACAUCAAGCCCUUCGAAGCUCACUUCUUGCAGCUUGUCUUUCACGAUGCCAAAGGCUCUCACAAGGACCCCCAGCUCAAGCAGCUUCUGCCCUCGCUUGCCUUUGCUCCCAACCAGCGCAUUCCUACCCUCAAGCAACGCCAGGACGGUCGCCAAGGCACAAUCGAUCAAGACCCCGAAUUCAUUGCUUUCCUUGAACGCGAGACUCAGCCCGUCGCUAAGCCCCUCUCUCUUGAUCAGGCUCUGGCUCAGGAGAAGCCCAAGGACAAAGUUUCGUCUACCCCUCUAUUGGACGACUUGCGCGAGAAGAAGCAGAACAAGGCUAGGGCCAAUCAGAAACACAAGGAGGAGAAGCAGUCAGAGAAGUCCUCGGCUAGGGGCCGCGACAACAAGUCCGACGCCAAACAGCCUGUGAAGCUCCUCGCCAAAGACAAGAAGAACCAAUCUGCUCAGCCUGCCGCCCCUGCUCCACCGCCCACCGCCACUCCUGCUUCUGGUCGCAAGCGCGAUCGUGCCGCUCCUAAUAACAACAUCAAGUCCAUGCUGCAGAGAGAUCUUGGUCUAAACCCUCCAACCAAGCGUGGCGGAAAGGACGCGUCCCCAGCAAAUGCUUCCAAGACAACAUCUCCUGCUCCAGCCAUCUGGUCGCAACAAGGAGAAGGCAGCCGCCCAGAGCGCUGCACAGGAAAACUCAAGCCCGCAGCUCCCGCUCCUACUGGUAUCUUGAAGAAGCCUGCUCAGCCGCCUACACCCAAGGCUCCUAAAGCUGCCAAAGGAAACAAUGCCACUGCUCCAGCACCUGCCUCGGCGCCGGCUUCUUCUAACAGGCAACCCAAGACUUCGGCAAACGCAGCCAGCAGCACCACCAAGGCCUACCUCAAGCAUGCAAACGCUUCGCAAGGCGUGACCGAGCCUCUUCUUCUCGCUGCUCUGUCCGCGUUCGGCCCCGUUGUCAAGGUCGAGAUUGACAAGCGCAAGGGCACCGCUUUGGCUGAGUUCAAAGAUAACGAAGGAUUGAAGGCUGCCAUGUCCAAGAAGAAUGUUCCCGUCGCUCAGGGUGCUGUCGAAGUACUCGAGUUCAGGGACAAGCAAUCUCAGGGUGGUCGCAACGCCCCAGCUAACAACAACUCCAGAGGUCCCAAUGGCAAUGCUUCCAACCGAGGCCGAGGAGGACGCGCAAGAGGUGGUGCCGCUGCUGGCAACACCGCAGCUGCUGCCAACGGUAACGGCCAAGCAGUUGCUACGAAUGGCAACAAGGGGGAUGCUACAUGA